GUUCAAGGGGUUUGGGUGGGGCGUAAACGGUAGCAAGGUGAUAGCGCCACCACUGUUUUCCAGGCCAGAUUCUUAACAAGCGGGGCAGCUAACCCCCGCGAUGACAAGCUCCCCAACAAGUGAGCUGAAGCAGCUGGACUACGAGUUAGCGUCUUGCUAUAACCUUGAAUCUCGUUGUUGCCGUGCACGUCAACCAGUCGUCAAACCACAGCUUCUUUUCUACUAUGAUGGCUUCUCGAUUGCUCUCAUCGAUUUUAUGACUUGCUGCUCUGCUGCUCCAAUGACUCUUGUGUCUUUGUUCGUGAACCUGCACCUCGCUUGCCUCGAGCCUCUACACUGUUGUCCCCACUCGUUGUGACGUUGUUAGUGACCGCCUCACAACGCCUCUCCAGAAAUUCCAUCAUCACGCAUCGUGCCAUUGAGCAAGAUCCUAGCUUGAUUGGCAGCCAUGGCCGUGUUUGUGGACCUCGGCGAGGAGGAAAACGAACCUCCGCAGCGUGGACAGCCGCUCUUAAACGGUCAGGCUGAAAAUGGGAGUGGCAACGACAACAAGGCCCGCAGUACCAGCAUCAGCAGCGACAUCGGCAAUCGACGCGAGGAGGCUCACGAGCUCGCCGUCAAGGAGAUCCCGAACCGGAACUCCAUGACGCAGGCUUUGGGAUGCUAUCCUAUUGUCAUGUCCGUGGCCGCGCACAUUGACUUGAACACGCUCGAUAAUCUGUCACGGACUUGCAAGCAGAUUCGCGAGGGCCUGCUGCAGUACCGCAAGAUGCUGCUCGUCUCGACGCUCCACUGCUCCAACGAGCACCUCCCUGUCGACCCAGAGGAGAGGCUGCGCUACCGCGCCCGCGCCGGAAACUGGCUCUACAUGGACGAUGUGGGCAGGUCCAACUACAGCAGUAAGUUGGGCCGGUGUGCUCGGGAUCUGGUGGCCGAGUGCCGGCGGUGUGGCACCGUCGUCUGUCGGAACUGUGCCUCCAAACCCCCGGCGUUGAUCGUUGCGCGUGACCGGCACCGCCGGCUCUGCGAGGCGUGCGUGAGUGCGCCUCUGGGUUCACUACUCAGGCCUCCGCUCGGGCCCGAGUUUCGGAUCGACUCGGAGGAAGUGGAGCGGGCGAUUUGCAAGUGCGGCUCAGAAGGCGUAUGGCUCUGCCAGCCGUGCGGCCGAACCAUCCGGGGGGAUGACUAUGACUACCAGUGCAUCUGGAAGUGGCGCAACCAAUACACCGACGUCCUAGGCGGCCUUGGAACGGGCAUUGGCGAGGGCGAUCGCGGCGUCAUAUGCGGACGAGAGACGGAAUGCUGUGCCGCGCGAGAGCGCGAGCAAGAGACCGACGGCGACGCGGAGGACGCGCGCGAGGCCGAACUUUACCAGCAGAAACAACAACAAUCCGCGCGGGGAAUGACCCCUUCAAGCAGCGCGAGCAGUAACAGCUCUAGCUCUCUUACCCCUGUCACAGCCGCCAACGGCUCUGCGGCUCUCAAACCUGGCUAUGAGCGGCAUGAGAUUGAGGGGAUUGGGGGUGUCAUGAAGAAGAAGCUCGUCCGCAUGGUCAAAGUGGGCGCCUGUGUCCCCGAAUGGGACGACGAGCGGGUCAAGGGGGAGAUUAUGGGGCGCGAGGUGCGCGGGGAAAGGAGGAGCUGGUGUGGUUGGUGUUGGAGGGUAAUUCCGUCCAAGAAGGACUAUGAGAUGGACAGGAAGAGACAGCAAACCGAAAAAGAAAAGGGAGGAAAUGUGUGGUUAAGUCUCAACUAA